UAUCAUAGCAGACGACAGAGCUCUGUGUGGUGUGUCCACGAGCGAGGCAAGGCCCGGCUACUCUGAAAGCGUUCUAUAGUUUUCUUCGCUAAUAAGUCAUUUUCUUCUCAUCGACUCAAGAUGUCGGCGAUGGGAAUGCUGGCAUGUGAUGAGUUCGGUCGUCGGUUCAUCAUAAUCAAAGAUCAAGACAAGAAAAGGCGACUCCAGGGCAUCGACGCUAUCAAGUCGCACAUCCUCGCCGCGAAAGCGGUCUCAGACAUCGUCCGAACUUCUCUGGGACCCAAGGGACUCGAUAAGAUGAUGGUAUCUGCUGAUGGGGACGUGUGCAUCACCAACGACGGAGCCACCAUCCUGCAGAAAAUGGAUGUGGAUCAUCAGGUCGCUCGUCUCCUGGUUCAGCUCUCCCAGUCGCAGGACGAUGAAAUCGGGGACGGUACCACCGGAGUCGUCGUCCUUGCUGGAGCCCUCCUCGAACAGGCCGAGCAGCUGCUCGACAAAGGAAUUCAUCCGAUCCGUAUCGCCGACGGUUUCGACAUGGCCGCUAAGUGCGCCAUCGAGAACCUCGAUAGAAUCGCCGACUCCUUCCCCGUCAGCGACAGGGAGAAUCUCAUCCGGGUGGCCAUGACAACUCUGGGUUCGAAAAUCGUGAACAAAUGUCACCGCCAAUUCGCAGAGAUCGCCGUCGAUGCGGUGAUGGCGGUUGCCGAUCCCGAGCGCAAAGACGUGAACUUCGAACUCAUCAAGGUGGAAGGCAAGCAGGGCGGUAAACUCGAAGAUACCGUUCUGGUCAAGGGGGUCAUCGUAGACAAGGACAUGUCCCAUCCGCAGAUGCCCAAGACUCUGAAGGACGUGAAGUUGGCCAUCCUCACCUGUCCGUUCGAGCCGCCGAAGCCCAAGACCAAGCAUAAGUUGGACGUCACCUCCGUUGAGGAAUACGAGACACUGAGGAAAUACGAAGCCGAGAAAUUCGAGGAGAUGGUCGACCAGGUUAAGGCGACCGGAGCCAACCUCGUCAUCUGUCAGUGGGGCUUCGACGAUGAAGCGAACCAUCUACUUCUGCAGAAAGAGUUGCCCGCCGUCCGCUGGGUCGGAGGACCUGAGAUCGAACUGAUUGCCAUUGCCACCGGCGGUCGCAUCGUACCCAGAUUCUCCGAACUGACCACCGACAAGCUUGGCGCUGCCGGACUGGUUCGGGAACUGAAUUUCGGAACCACGAAAGAUCGUAUGCUGGUCAUCGAGGAAUGCAAAAACUCGAAAGCCGUGACUAUUUUCAUUCGAGGAGGCAACAAGAUGAUUGUCGACGAGGCCAAGAGGUCGCUCCACGACGCCUUGUGUGUCAUCCGCAACCUUGUCCGCGACUCCCGAGUCGUUUACGGAGGCGGCGCGUCUGAGAUCUCAUGCGCCCUGGCCGUUGCCGAAGAGGCGGACAGAUGUCUCGGAAGUUUGGAGCAGUAUCCGUUCAGAGCGUUCUCCGACGCUCUGGAAACCAUUCCAUUAGCUCUGGCUGAAAACAGCGGACUAGCUCCGAUCGAAACGGUCACGGCCGUGAAGAGUCGUCAAGCUAAAGAGAAGAACCCGCAUCUGGGAAUCGAUUGCAACUUCACCGGAACGUUCGACAUGAAGAAACAGAACGUCAUCGAGACCCUAGCCGGCAAGAAACAGCAGAUCAUGUUGGCCACCCAACUCGUACGCAUGAUCUUGAAAAUCGACGACAUCCAUUCGCCGGCUAAUCCGAUGGGUGUGGAGUAGACUUCGGACUUUGUACAUAACACCUCGUGCGCGAACAGUUGAAGAAUCAUUUCUAACUUAUUGCUCGAUGGCAUGAUUUGUUACAUCCAACGCUGAAUAAAUCUUCACUGAGCGAGCGGUACAAAC